ACUGGAACAUUCGAGUGAUGAGGUGAGCAUCCCACCAGUCUUCCUUCCCUUGGCAAUGAUCGUGUCGGGUGGGCGCCGGCGGUAGAGCUAACCCGCCCCAGGAUGAUCGGGGCGCCAGCGACCGGAAGUAUUCUUCAGCGGGUGACAAACCACCGCUUACGAGGGAAUUCCUGGGAGAGAGUGGGAGCGUGGGAGAGGGAGAGUGGGAGAGCCCGCCAGCCCUAGUCGAGGGGCCGCAGUGGGAUCCUCCGGCCCUAAUGGAUGACAUCCUCGGUGGGAGACUCCGGUGUUUGCUCAUCCAGGCCCGUUCUUACUUCUUAUAUGCCCGAGGCUGCUGUUUUUCAUGAUGUCUGAGAGAAGAGAUAAGUCGGGUUCAUCUUCACUUUUCGCCGUCGUUCGUGGGCGAUCGUCUUGCCUAUUCCUCCCUCCCCCCCUCACUAUGACUUCCACCGAUAGCAGAGAGGCUACCCUGAUGAACUCAACCUACGACAAGGAAGAGGGCCAGCUCUCAGAAAAGUCCGCUGCCUCCAACCUGGAUUCCGAGGACCAGCCCAGCCCCAAGGCGGAGGAAGGCGCUCCGCGCGAGAUUGCGGGCUGGAAAUGGGUCAUUGUCGUCGUGGCCAUCUACAGUUCCCAGUUUCUUUUUGCGCUGGAUAACACCAUUGUCGCCAAUAUUCAACCGACCAUUGUGGAGGACUUUGAUUCCGUGUCCAAGUUGUCCUGGAUCAGUGUGGCCUUUCUCAUUGGGGCGGCGUCGACGAAUCUGGUCUGGGGACAGAUCUUUGCCAAUUUUAACGCCAAAUGGACCUAUAUUCUGUGUAUUUUGAUCUUUGAAGUGGGCUCCGCUGUCUGUGGCUCGGCACCUACUAUGAAUGCUUUCAUCGUCGGCCGUGCCAUCUGUGGCUUUUCGGGAGCCGGCAUGUAUGUUGGAUUGAUGACCAUGCUGGCCGUCACCACUACGAUUCAGGAGCGUCCGACGUACAUCGGCGGCGCUGGCUUCACCUGGGGUGUCGGCACGGUCUUGGGGCCCAUCAUUGGGGGUGCUUUCACCGACUCGUCGGCCGGCUGGCGGUGGUCGUUCUACAUCAACCUGUGCAUCGGUGCGGUCUGCGCCCCGGUCUACAUCUUCAUGCUUCCCAACAAGGAUCCUCGUCCGGGCGUCCGUAUCGGUGAUCGCGCGCGUGAGAUCGACUACCUGGGGGCGGUGCUGACCAUUGGCGCCUUCAUCUCGGGAGUCAUGGCCAUCUCCUUUGGCGGUGCCACUUACCCCUGGAACUCGGGCCAGAUCAUCGGUCUCUUCUGCUGUUCAGGCGUGCUCUUCACCCUGCUAGGCAUCCAGCAGGGCAUUCCAUUCCUCACCACCAAGGAACGCCGUCUCUUCCCCGUGGAGUUCCUGCGUAGUCGCACCAUCCUGAUCCUGUUCGCCAUGACCGCCGCGGGUGGCACCCUCAUCUUCCUCCCCGUCUACAUGUGCCCGCUCUACUUCCAGUUCACUCGGGGCGACUCAGCCCUGGAAUCCGGCGUGCGUCUCCUCCCAUUCAUCAUCCUGAUGAUCGUGGCUGUGAUUGGUAACGGCGCCAUUCUCUCGGCCCACGGUCUGUACAUGCCGUGGUUCCUGGCGGGCGGUAUUCUGUGUCUCAUCGGCAGCGCCCUAAUGUACACCGUCACGGCGACGAGCUCCAUUGCCAGCAUCUACGGUUACACGGUGCUGAUUGGCUUUGGCGUUGGUCUCUUCUCACAGGCAUCCUUCUCGAUCGCGCAGGCAGUCGCCGAACCUCGCAUGGCGCCGUCGGCCGUGGGAUUCAUCACCUGUGCCCAGAUCUCGGGCUGCACGAUUGCCCUGGCCAUCGCUAAUGCUGUCUUUCUCAACCAGAGUAUCGAGGGCGUCCAGGCCAUUCUGCCGGAUAUUUCAUCUGCAGAGGUGGAGCAGACCAUCACGGGAACCGGCUCGCAGCUUUUUGAGAAUCUCACCCCGGCGGUCAAGCAGGAGGUGUUGGAGGCGAUUGUGACGGCGCUGAACAAUUCGUAUAUUUUGGCCAUGGUGGCGGGUGCGUUGGUGGUGGGGUUGAGUCUCUUUCUGAAGCGCGAGAAGCUGUUCAUUGCUGGUGGUGCGGGUGGGGUUUAGAUACGUCGGUUGUUGGCAGUAGAUGCAUUUGGCUACAAUGUACUUAGACGGGUGCAUCUCGUGCAAAACGGAUGCUUGGG